ACACAACCAAACACACCAGUAACAAGAGAAUAACCUUCCUCUAUGAGAUAUUUUCCUUCGUUUUUUUAAGGCGUUAAUUAUUAACCUAUUAUAAUAUUAUCCCUUGUAAAUUGAUUAAUUAGACAUAUUUAAAAUGCCAAAUAGACACAUCCCUUUUCUAGCAAGAACAGUUUUAGUAAGGAAUGGCAAUGUUGAUGAAGCUGCUAGAAUUUUGAAUAGAAUACUAGGAAAAGAAGGAAUUUUGGACCAGUAUCGUAGAACAAGAUAUUAUGAAAAGCCAUCUCAACAAAGGAGGAGAAUUAAUUAUGAAAAAUGCAAAGCCAUCUAUAACGAAGACAUGACAAGAAAAAUGCAAUUUAUUAUGAGAAAAAACAGAGCCGAUCCAUUUCCAGGAUGUAUUUAAUAUUUCUUUUAUGUUGAUUGUGUCAGAUGUAAUUUCUUACAUAUUUUUUAAAGUGUUUAGACUUUUAAUAUUGUCUUCUAGCCUAGUUUUGUAUUUUAACACUUUAGUGUAAACAAACAUAUAAUUAUAUUAAUAAAUUAUAUAUGUUAUUAAAAUUUCAAUUUUACAUCAUUUAUUAUUUCAUUAAAAUUUAUUGUAUUCUUGAAGAGAAGUUGGUUGGGGAUUGCAGUCAUUGGAAGUAAAAAAAAUAAAAAAAACCUGUACCACUACAACCAACCCAUGAAGGGUCUUGAUUUCAGUGCUAUGUAAGGAAGUCAUGUUAAUUAGUCAUUGGCUGUGCCAGGAGGUGAUUUGACUGAUAUGCUCAACUACCAGGUUUUCUCCCUUAAUUAAAUAAUUAAGAGUUUCCUCUUUAUAGAAUCCGGGUAUGCCCCUUGGAAGGGCGGUGUGGCCUGUGUGUGCACAGCACCAUUUCAGGUCCCAGUGCCAAAAGGAGAGGGCUUUUAAUUCUGGCAUAUUUAAUUCCCUGGUAUGGAAAAAUCUGGCAGCAGGGUGGCUGAAUAAGGUAAUGUGUGUGCACAGCACUGUGGGUUGCCAGGCAAUGUGAUAACUGAAGGUAGGUGGAAAAAUAUUACGAGUUCAAAUCCCCGUACCUGGAGGGAAUUUUAACUCGGCAUAUUUCCCAUCAUCCUCCCCUGGACUAGGAAAAACUCUGUGUAGCUUAAAAGGCAAGGAAGGGGAAAAAAGUUUCCAGAAAAAUCUCAUAUAGUCUAAAAGGAGAGGAAGGGAAGAACAAAAAAAAAAGUGGGUCCCAGAAGGGUCUCCCAACUUCAGGAUCGUCGAUUCUAUGAAGUACAAAGUAAUAAUAAAUUAUAUUUUAUACGCAUUCAACAAUUUAACCAUCACCAAAAACUCAUUGUACACUUUUGGUACAAUAUAUAUAAUAUAAACCAAACAGCACAUAAAUGUGUCAUAAAAAAAUGAUGCACACUACAUUAUCUAUCAAACUAAGUUACACUAACAAGGUGAAGUCAUCGAAUUACAGUCAGUAGAACAAUCUCUGUUUUUUUUAUUCAGAAUCAAAAAAUAUUGGAAGGGUAUUCGGGUGUUUGUUCCUGUUUAUCUUAGGAGCGGAGAAAUAAAUUAUUUUUAUUAAAAUUUAUAAUUUUUUUUGCAUGGAUUUCUAGUUUAUUAUGUACCACUCAAUUUAUUUUAUUGUUUUGUAAAAUAACAAAAAAAUAUUUAAAAUCGC